UUGUCUAAAAAAUUAUAAAUAUUUUAAAUAUUAAUAUUUAAUUUGUGUGGAAAUCGACUGGCCUUAAGCCCAGCUAAAAAUAGCAGCAAUGGCAGCACAGAAGGCCACGCCAGUGAACGAUCUCGCGAGGCUCCCCCCCGAGCUGCUGGAGUGCCUUGUCCUCAUGCUCGACCUGCCCUCCAUGGGAGCGCUGGCCUCAACCUGCAAGUUUCUCAAUGAGUUCAUCACAAGUGAAGAACUGCUCAUCAAGCUGCUGCGCAGAGACCCUCAGAUAAGCAGAGACGCAGCAGAGAUGAUCACAGAGCUGACCAGACCCUGGCGGUGGUGGGAGCGAGCGGCCAUCUCUGCCACCAAGCCUAUAGGGAGGAACCUCCUGCAGGGGGGCAGCGCUGAGCACCUCCCGGGGCACGAGGACGCCCCGCGGGGGCAACAUGGCAGGGAUGCGCUCCAUGAAAUCCCCCACUGGGAGAUAUUGAACAACGGGGGCGACGGAUGGCAGGUGGAGCGACCUCCUGUAGGGUGCGACCCCCUCCCUGAUGACCCCCACAUUGUGGGGGGUGGCUGCUACGUCACAUCCUACGACAGCUGCUCCAAGGAGCAGGAGGUGGUCCUGGGGCAGGCCUGCGGGCUCCCCAACUUUGUCAGGGACAUCCGACCCGUCAUCAAAGUCUCUGAAUGGGUGGCAGGACGCCACGACUGCGACAGCUCCUACAGCCUGACGGUGCAGCUCCUCUCCUGCCGCAGGAAGAAGGUCGCUCAGUGGCACCACACCGUGGCCCUGGGGCCCUCACACACUGGCACCCAGUGGGUCAAGGUGGAGCACGAGUUCCGGGACUACGGACGGAGCGUUUGUUCCGUCCGGUUCCGGCACGGCGGAAAGGACCAGCGAUUCUGGNUCUUCGCUUAUAACAAUCAAUUUAAAUUGUGGAGCACGAGUUCCGGGACUACGGACGGAGCGUUUGUUCCGUCCGGUUCCGGCACGGCGGAAAGGACCAGCGAUUCUGGUCCGGGUGGUACGGACCGAAGAUGA